AUUUAAUUUGUAAUGGGAGCAUAAUGUUGCAAUAAUUAGACAUAUUCAGAUGAUGUGGAAUCAUAUGAUGAUACAGAAUUGAAUCGUUUGGAUGCUCGUUAAAUAAAUAUAAAAUAUAAUUACAAAAAGAAGUAGAAAGAGAUGAAUUCAAGUCAAACAACAAAAACAUAGGAGAGAACAAAAUAAUUAGCAGUGACAUUGAAAAGUGGAGGAGUGUAUUUAGGAGAUUGGGUUGGUAAUAAAAGGGAAGGAUAUGGUGUAUUAAAAUGGCCAGAUGGUUCAGAAUAUGAAGGGGAAUGGAAAAAUAAUAAAGCUCAUGGAUAAGGAAAGUUUAUAUAUCCAGAUGGAGAUUAUUAUGAAGGUUAAUGGGAAAAUGAUAAAUAGAAUGGUAGAGGAAUAUUUUAAUCAAUGAAUGGAGGUAAAUUUGAAGGUUAGUGGAAAGAUGAUUUAUAAUAAGGAUACGGAAUUGAAAGUUGGGAAGAUGGUAGUAGAUAUGAAGGAUAUUUUUAUGAAGGUAUAAAAUAAGGAUAGGGAACAUAUAUUUGGAAUGAUGGUUCAACUUAUGUAGGUUUUUGGAUUAAUAAUAAAAGACAUGGAUAAGGAUCGCAGAUUUGGAAAAAUGGUAAAGAAUAUUAAGGGGAAUGGUUUGAAGAUUUUAUGUGCGGUUAAGGAAGUAUUAAAUGGCCAACUGGUUGUUCAUAUAUAGGAUUAUUUAAUAAAGAUGCUCCUAAUGGUUAUGGUAUAUUUAAAUGGUCAAGUAUAUAUAUAAUUAUGAAUUAUAGAUGGUAAGAGUUAUGAAGGCAGUUUUAAAUAAUCAAAACCAAAUGGAAAAGGUAAAGUUGUUUUAGAUAAUGGUAAGACUAGAUUUGGAGAAUGGCAUGAAGGAUAAUUAAUUAAAUGGUUUGAUAAUAGUCAAGAUGAAUAAAAAGAAAAUUUUGAUGUACUUAAUUUAGAAGACUUAUGAA